ACGCUGCGGCGCGACUCUGCCGGUGCUGGGGGCCGGAGGCCGGGGUCAGGAGCCGGCGGCGGGACCCAGGUGGCUGGGGUCGGACAGAAUCUCAUUUUCAGCUCCUGCCAGAGCCUGAAGCAAUUGGGAAAGAAGGCUGUGCUCUUUGGAGACCCCUGCAGGUGUCAGCAGGAUGGACCUCGAUGUGGUUAACAUGUUUGUGAUUGCGGGCGGAACGCUGGCCAUCCCGAUCCUGGCCUUUGUAGCCUCAUUCCUCCUGUGGCCUUCAGCACUGAUAAAAAUCUAUUACUGGUACUGGCGGAGGACGCUGGGCAUGCAGGUCCGAUAUGUCUACCACGAAGACUACCAGUUCUGUUACUCCUUCCGGGGCAGGCCGGGGCACAGACCCUCCAUCCUCAUGCUCCACGGAUUCUCUGCACACAAGGACAUGUGGCUCAGCGUGGUCAAGUUUCUUCCAAAGAACCUGCACUUGGUCUGCGUAGACAUGCCAGGACACGAGGGCACCACCCGCUCCUCCCUGGAUGACCUAUCCAUAGAUGGGCAAGUCAAGAGAAUACACCAGUUUGUAGAAUGCCUCAAGCUGAACAAAAAACCCUUCCAUCUGAUAGGCACCUCUAUGGGUGGCCAUGUGGCUGGGGUAUAUGCAGCUUACUACCCAUCAGAUGUUUCCAGCCUGAGUCUUGUGUGCCCCGCCGGCCUGCAGUAUUCAACUGAUAAUAAAUUCAUCCAACGGCUGAAAGAACUGCAGGACUCAUCCGCCGUAGAGAAGAUUCCCUUGAUCCCCUCCACACCAGAAGAGAUGAGCGAAAUGCUCCAGCUCUGCUCCUAUGUCCGCUUCAAGGUACCCCAGCAGAUCCUGCAAGGCCUCGUCGAUGUCCGCAUCCCUCAUAACAACUUCUACCGGAAGUUGUUUUUGGAGAUCGUCAGCGAGAGGUCCAGAUACGCUCUCCAUAAGAACAUGGACAAGAUCAAGGCCCCAACACAGAUCAUCUGGGGGAAGCAAGACCAGGUGCUGGAUGUGUCUGGGGCCGACAUGUUGGCCAAGUCGAUUGCCAACUGCCAGGUGGAGCUUCUGGAAAACUGUGGGCACUCGGUGGUGAUGGAGAGACCCAGGAAGACGGCCAAGCUCAUCGUCGACUUCCUGGCGUCCGUGCACAGUGACAACAAGAAGCUGGACUGAGGCCCCGUCGGCAGCCCGCGUCUGCACAUGGCACCUGCCCCCGGCCCCCACGUCGCUCAGGGAUCCUGCCCCCGAGGCGGUCAGGGCGCCAGCGUCCCUGAGGAAGCCAGUCCCCUCUCCCUGUAUCCACGGUAUCCACAGAGCUUCAGGGACCAUGAGGAAAUCUCCAAGAUCUUUGUCACAGAAUGGAAACACACAUGGAACAAAAGAAAACCCAGCCGCGCCAUCUCCCGAGGAGUCGUCAGGUUCGUGCCGCUGACAAGCUCGUGCGGAGCAGCCCUCGGACCGUCAUCAUCCAGGACGUUUUCUUUACGGCAUCUCCCACAGACAGACUCGAGAUACUCUUGUUGCUUCAGAUGUACCCCCUGCAUGGUCCGCGGCUUUCCCAGGAGCAUUCGUUCCCAUUCGCCGAGCCCUCUCAUCCAGGUCUAAUUCUAUCUCAUAGAGACCCACGUGUGAGUGCAGCUUGUUGACUGCAAGACCAGAGAGAAACACGGCCAGCUGGAGGGACGUUCUCGUGCCCUCGGAGGAGCGACGUUCCCUGUGGCCGGCCCUUGGAGCCCCCGGAGCAGCAGAGAACACAACCGGUGGCUUCUCUGGUGGCAGGGAACUCAGAACAGUCACAAAAUGCAGGAGACCUGGCAGGGUGAGUUUCCUAGGAGUCAUUUAUUAUUUUUCUAAAAAUAGGACUAACGAAGCAAUAAUGUUCUAGACAUCUAUCUAUAUAGACUCGGGUUCCACACACAGGCAUCUCGUGGGCCUCUUUUCUAUUUUGCUGUGCUACUGAAACACCUUGGGAUGUAAAAUACUAGUUUGUUAAUGAAUUCUGUGAAUUCUGUGAACAGUAAUGUGAUUGAAAAUAAGUCGAAACAGCUGUAAGGUGACCACAAUGAGAUGAAAUAAAUGUACUAAGUCCAGAUCAGCUGCA